CGCACCCUUCCUCCGCUCUGUCCCUCUUGACUUGGUGACAGACCUAAAAGCCUUUUGUUGCAAUCUUAGCCAAUGGAGACGGAUUACGACACCGGGCAGCUGAGAUAUAUAAAGAGCCCCUUUUUGACCGCACUUGCACAUUUUUCAGUGACACUUCUGAACACUCACACACCUCCUUGGACUAAAUUGUACAGAAGAAACCCCAAAACGAGCAUUACACUACAUGUGAGCGGACUAUGCAUUCAUUAGGCAGAUAAUUUGGUAACUUCAAGUAAAAAAAAAAGCCUGCACCGUGACACACUGGGACCUACUUUUUGUUUUUGAAAAUUUAUUGCAAAUUCUGAAAAAAGCAACUCCGGAUGAUCGUGUUGGAUUAGAUGCAGGUCACUGUAUCCCUGCCUUCUGUAGGAUAAGUCAAGGACCGACGCACUACCGAGAAAGAGGAUAUAACGGGAUAAAAAGAAAGAAAGAAAGUUGUAUUGCUUGUUUCCAAGGGUCGUCAUGCCGAGGUACAACUUCUUACUGUGCCUGAUGGUGCUAGUGUCCCUGGGACAGUCGGGGAGCGAUGAGCCCAAUCUCCUGCUGCCCUCUCCCAGCGAGACGCCCACGGAUGCCGGGCUGUCCCUGCUGGACGAGGACGCCGGUUCCCACGAAUGCUCCGCCUGCGUGUGGAGGGAGCAAAGCAAAGUGCUGAGGCUGGAGACCAUCAAGUCCCAGAUCCUGAGCAAGCUGCGUCUGAAGCAGGCGCCUAACAUCAGCCGGGAGGUGGUCAAUCAGCUGCUCCCCAAGGCGCCUCCGCUCCAGCAGCUGCUGGACCAUCACGACUUCCAGGGAGACGCGUCGUCCCAGGAUGAGUUCAUGGAGGAGGAUGAGUACCACGCCACCACGGAGUCCGUGAUCACCAUGGCCUCUGAGCCUGAGCCCCUGGUGCAAGUGAACGGGAAGCCAAGCUGCUGCUUCUUCAAGUUUAGCCCAAAACUGAUGUUCACCAAGGUGCUGAAGGCCCAGCUAUGGGUGUACCUGAGGCCGCUGCAGCAGACCUCCACCGUCUACCUGCAGAUCCUCCGGCUGAAGCCCAUCACGGAGCAGGGCAGCCGCCACAUCCGCAUCCGUUCCUUGAAGAUCGAGCUGAACUCCCGGGUCGGCCACUGGCAGAGUAUUGACUUUAAGCACGUGUUGCAGAACUGGUUCAAACAGCCUCACACCAACUGGGGAAUCGACAUCAACGCCUUCGACGAGAGUGGCAAUGACCUGGCAGUUACCUCGCUGCGACCAGGGGAGGAGGGGCUGCAGCCGUUCCUGGAAGUGAAGGUUCUUGAGACGACCAAACGAUCUCGAAGAAACCUCGGCCUGGACUGUGACGAGCACUCCACCGAGUCCCGCUGCUGUCGCUACCCUCUGACUGUGGAUUUUGAGGCUUUUGGCUGGGACUGGAUCAUUGCACCCAAACGCUACAAAGCCAACUACUGCUCGGGCCAGUGCGAGUACAUGUUCAUGCAGAAAUACCCACACACCCACCUCGUGCAGCAUGCAAACCCUCGAGGCUCUGCAGGGCCCUGCUGUACCCCAACCAAGAUGUCCCCCAUUAAUAUGCUCUACUUUAAUGACAAGCAGCAGAUUAUUCACGGCAAAAUCCCAGGGAUGGUGGUGGAUAGAUGUGGCUGCUCUUAGGCUGCAAAGGAGACACACACUUGUGUACAGGCAUCAUCGCAUUAAACCACCGAAAAACCCUUACGGAGCUCACUCGGCACCAGAACCCACUCCUCUGCACCAGAUUUCACUUUUGCUCAGCCACAAAAUCCUCCCACUUGGUUUCCAUUUUUGCAGUAAUUUAAUUGAUUCUAACUGUAAAAAAUUUUAAAUGAAACAUGAAUCAAAAACAGACUGAGGGAUGGAAAAUCAGUACUUGGAAUGAUUUAAAGAGGAUGUCCGUGUGGAGCAGCUUCAAGAAAUGGUAAAUGAGACAAAGUUUUGUUACAGAGUGCGUGUUAGUUUUGUGGAUUUUAAAGAUAUUGUUUUUUAAAUGGGAUCUUUGUGAAAUUUCCAGGUCUGUGGAUUAAGAUGAUGGGAGGCAUAAGCAAAUACAAUAUUUUCAAAGCAUUUUCAGCAUCAAGGUAAUCUUGGAAAUAAUGAAUUUCAUGGAUACACUGAUUGACGGGUGCAUUUUGAUCCACAAAAAGGUUUGCAAAGAGGGAAUUUUUAGAAUAAUUUUUGCAAUUCAUCACUUUAUAAAAGGAACAAAAACCCAUGCUAAUGUGAGAAGGGUUUAUAGUAAGUUAUACCCGAAGUAUAAAUCCAAAAUCUUGUUUACAGAUGUUUAGAGAUGUGCUUUAGAGAUGUAAAGAGAUGAGAAGAUCCAAAACCAAACCUAUACCCUCUAUUAAUGUAUAACACCCCGGUGUGACAUUCUCGAGUAUCCACGAAACCUUUCACAGUUACUUUGAUCUUUUUUAUGUGCAGUCUUGUAAAACUCAAAAAGGGAAAGGGAGAAAAGAGGUUAUACUAUUCUAACUCUCUCACAUAGCAGAUAGAUGAAGCAAGUAUGGCUAUUUCUGUGGUUCUGUUAAAGGAGAUAAUACAGAUUAAGGUUUUAUUUGCACACAACAGUCUAAAACCAAGAUGUACUCUGGAGUCAUUUGGCACCGUCUGGGAGAGGACGAGGAGCAGACAUGACAAGAACCCGACAAAUUUCCUUUCUUCUCAGUAACAAAGGAAAGCACACUUUAUCACCUUCAGCUUCUGAAUAAAAUGUUUCAGAGUACGCAAUGCACUGUUUCAUAACUUUAAGAGGCCUUGGAUUGAUGUUAUAAUAAACAGAAAGCAAAAUUCAUACCCUAAAAAAUUAAAUGGUGCUUAGAGGGUUGUCAGUAUGCUCAAGGGUUCCCUCCUCUGUAAGAUGAGUUAAUGACUGAACUGAAAAUAGCACAAAACAUGAUUACAGUAUUAUCACUACACACUCAUACUUACAGCAGCAUUCACGUGUGUUACUACAAAAUACUCAUAAAUCAAGAAAGAGUAGCAGUUUAUUUACUCAUGUCGAGCCGGUUCAUUCACUUUUCUUUGGUACUAGUUUCAGACAAUAAACUCUCAAGCUGCAGUUCUUAACACAGAGAUAAAGGCUUCUAUGAAUCACAACAAACACUGUCAAAAAAUCAAGAGAAUGUAACUCAACCACUGACUUUAGUGUAGAGAAAAUAUUUAAUUGCAAUUUUCAAAUGACCCCAUCCACCUCCACCUCAACUGUAUUGCUGAUAUCAUAAUGGAGAAAAUAUUGUUAGUGCUUGAAUACGGAGUAGAUUAGCUUGAAGUAUGUCUUUGUCUCCUGGAUGUCAAAGCAAAGAUAUCCUUUUGUUGUAAACGAAAGCACUAUGCUGUUGGAUAAAGGAAGAGCCUUCUGACAUUAUAUAUAAAUGAUAUAUGUAUAUAUUAAAAAAGGGGUACAAAAAACCUUUUUUGGGGCACUCUACCUUACCAACAAUAAAUUUUGCACUAUGGGACGUUCAUGGCGUGAGGAGGUUAAGUGUUGUUUGUGUUUUACCAAGCACAAGAGAGCUUGUACAGUAUAGGAAUAAAACUAUUCAAGCUUCUGGUGAUAAACCAUAAACUAGAGAGGUUAUCACUUCUUUUUCGAUAUCAUCACGCUUUCCUGACUUUUGUCUGAAGCGGGGGCCUGUCCAUACACUCACACACUUCUGUCCAAUCUGGAACCUGGACUUACUGUACCAGUGGCCUGAAAGGCCUCCUUGCCCACUCUGGGUUAUAAGUCAUGUGCAUUAUAAGUGUCUGGAUCGACAAACAUAGAAUGCUUUAACUGGAAAUGGCCCACCCACCAACUUUAAUCUGUUACCAUGUUAGAGAGACUACGUCCUUUUGACUUAAACAAUGUGUCAACUGUCUUUCAUGGACAUGUUUUUGCCUUGUGUUUGUAUUUUGAGUGAAAGCACCCAUAUAAGAAUGGGAGGAGUAUCCAGGGAUUGUUAGCCAAAGUAGAGGAUGACGUGUGCUAUAACUUUUGUGAUUGCAGGAAUAUGCUAGAACAUUUCAAAGGGAGAAAAAGCUGAUUUAGGGGCAGUGGUUGGAAAUAAUUCAACUGGUCAAUUGUUUAUUUAUUAAUAAUAAUUACAAUGCAUUUCAAAGUCUGUCUACCUCACUUAAGCCUUCUAAAAACCUUGCUUUUUUUGAUUUGUCAUCCAUUAAUCUGUGCAAACAUUUGACCCAUAAGAACCCCUUACCCCACCAAAACCACCCCCCAAAAAGUGUAGAUGAAAACCACAGGGUCCCCUUGCUCUCAGGUUCAGAUUGAGUUAUUGACAGAGUGAUUGAUGGUAGUGGCUCUGGUUAUGUGUGGUCAAAAGAAAUAAUUAGCUGUGCCCACAUCUAUGGCUUGUUGAUAAGUUGCAUUUUAAAUUUUAAGUGUUUGUAUACUGCUAUGUGUGAGAAUGUUUUCAUAUAAAUAUAUGAGAGUAAGAUAUCUCUAUGUAAAUACCUACCCAAACGUUAACGUUUAUGAUGUUUUGGACAGGUUCACCGCUUCUAAUGUUUUGCUCACUUUCCCCAUUCAUUCCUCUGUUCUUCGUGUAGUUUAAAAAUCACCCCAACUUUGUAGUUUGAUGGUUGUGCAUAUGGAUAACUGUUCAAUUGUUAUUUUUGUCUUUUAUUGUUUAUUUACUGUCAUAUUUCUUUUGUACAAUAAAUCAUUUAUUUAGCUUA